AUGGCUGCAGUGAAUGCAUGGGUCCUCUACCAGACCUGCAUCGGUGCCAGAAUGACCCGGCGUUUGCUCAUUCUUGAGCUGUGCAAGCAGCUGCGCAGGACCAAGGACCAAACGGUCUGUUUCAUUAAGUUAAGGGCUGAGAACGAGGGACUCUUCAGUGGAGCAAAGUUUUCAGCCAAUGUUGGCUGGAAGACCAUCCUGGAGAAAAUGGGCCUCCAGGAGAAGGUGACCCCAGCCCAAGCAAAAAAAAAAUGGGACAACCUCAAAAAGAAAUAUAAAGAUUGCAAGUACCCAGGGACUGGAGAGGGUGUGGCAGGGAAACCUACUGCUGCAACUUGGCCCUGGUUUGUCCUCAUGGACGAGGUGUUGGGACAGAGGCCCUCCAGCAACCCACCUGUCCUGAUCGCCUCAAUUGAGGAGGACAGACCAGGGCCAAGUUCAGCAGUGGGUAGCCAGUCGGUGGAGGAAGUCAGGGAGGAUCCAGUGGCAGGGAGAGGCAGAAGGAAGAGGAAAGCUGCUGACCAGUUCGUGGAUCUCAUAAGAGAGGACAUGAGACUGCAGAGGGAGGCAGAGGAGAGGAGAGAAGCUGAGAGCAGGGAGAGGAUGGACAGGCUGUUCUCCCUCCUGGAGAAAUUUGUAAAUAAAUAA